CAGCACUCUCGAGGUUACGCACACUUUGAUGUUGUCUCCAACCGUCUGACACUAAAACUCUAUUACUGUCCUCCCAUGCCACUACAAUACACCAUUUCUUUUACCAUUAUUAAUUAUAUGCUCAACAUAUAUUAAUCUUAUAUACAUACAUACAUACAUUAUACAAAGGCAUAGCACAGAGUGUCUGAGGCUGUUCCCAAAUGCACGGACUACCUCUACUCACUAGCAGGAUACGUUAUUUUCUUUUCUUCUCUUUUCUUUUUCUUCAUUUAUAUCUCUGUCUCUGUCCAUUUUGUAUUUAAAGCUACCAACUGCUCUUUUUUAUCUGAGAAGCUGCAAUGAAUUAGAUGGUAUCAUUCAUUGUUUUAAGACUUGGGUUUGCUACUUUUUAGUUUAAGUCUAUUUGCUUUCCUUGCUGCAUAUUUUCAUGGGGAAGGUUGGAGGAAGCUCUUGGUUGGCUGCUGUUAAAAGGGCUUUCAGGUCUCCUACUAAGGAUAAUGAGAAGAAAAGCUGCAGAAGGAGGGAAGAUCGAGAACAAGAAGAUGAAGAGAAGUAGCAACUUUACUGUUUCUGGGUCCGAGCAGAAGAGAGGUAAAAGAAGAUGGAUUUUCAGGAAACCUUCUUCAGCUCAUGAAACAACAGUUAUACAACAUUCUGCAGAAAAGAGCUUAACUACUGCUACUGCUAUUAGUGAAGCAGCUGAUGUUAAGCAAAGACAAGCACUUGCAAUGGCCAUGGCCACAACAGCAGCUGCUCAGGCAGCAGUUGCAACAGCCCAAGCAGCUGUGGAAGUGGUUAGACUCGCCAGGCCUUCCCUUUUCAUGAAGCAACACUUUGCUGCCAUUGCUAUACAGACAGCUUUCAGAGGAUAUCUGGCAAGGAGAGCUCUUCGGGCGCUUAAGGGACUGGUAAAGCUGCAAGCCUUAGUGAGAGGCCACAAUGUUAGAAAGCGAGCAAAGAUGACUCUUCACUGCAUGCAGGCUCUGAUGAGGGUUCAAGCACGGGUUCGAGAUCAACGCAAGAGAGUUUCUUAUGAAGGAAGCACAAAUUCCAUCUCAAGUGAUGCAAACAGCUUGUGGGGGUCUCAUCUUGCUGAUAGGAAGUCCAUUUCAAGGGAUGAAAGCAGCACUGCUGAUGAAUGGGUCAAUUGGGAUGAUCAACAUCCACAGUCGCUGGAGGAGAUCCAAGUAAUGUUGCAAGAAACAAAGCAAGCUGCCUUGAAACGUGAGAAGGCCCUUGCUCAUGCUUUCUCUCGCCAGAUAUGGAGACCCAGUAGGGACACAUAUGCAAGUGAAGGAGAACUGGAAGAGAAACGCAGAUGGAAUGAUCGGUGGACAACGAGGAAGCAAUUAGAGAACAAAGGGAUCAGAGGUUUAAAUGAUCAGAGAGACCCCAUUAAAACUGUUGAAGUGGACACCUCUCAACCUUACACUUUCUCAACCCCAAACACUCGUAAAUCCCAUCAUGAAUAUCAUCACUACCAACAACAAAGGCCAAGUUCAUAUUCUGUUGCUUCUCCUCUCUCUAGAGUACACAGCAAUUUCCCACUUCAACCACCAUUAACACCAUCCCCAUCCAAAGCAAGAACACUACUCCAAGUUCAUUCAGCUAGCCCUCGCUGCCUAAGAGAAGACGGGAACCAGCAGGAUCACAAAGGUGCAAGUACUCCAAAUGCUAUAGCUACUUCAGUGCCUAGCUACAUGGCUGCCACUGCUUCAGCCAAGGCUCGUUUCCGGUCACAAAGUGCACCAAGGCAGAGGCCGUCAACCCCAGAGAGAGAAAAGGUGGGUUCAGCUUCAGCAGCCAAAAAACGCCUUUCUUUCCCAGUUCCUGAUCCUGUGACAAGCAAUAAUGUUGUGGGUUAUAGCAUAAGGAGUCCAAGCUACAGAGGCAAUGUUCAUGAAGCCUAUCUUGGAAUGGAGCAGAGGUGUAACAUGUCUUCUUGCUGCACAGAUAGCAUUGGAGAUGAGGUAUCUCCUCCUUCAACCAAUGAUCUUAGCAGAUGGUUAAGAUAAUUAAAUCCAAGCUAGCAGCAGAUACCCAAACAAGUGAUGAAUGAAACAGAUUUGCAUGCAUGGCUAACUAUGAGGAUAUAGCAAGCUUGAUGACCAUAUUGAGGAUGUGUAGAUUUACAAGUGAAGGUGAAGGUAGAUGAAAGAGUCACAAUGUGAAGAGAAAUUUGCUAUAUGAAGAUAUAAAUUUUUAUGAUUA